CUUUCCCUCAGCUGCGCACGCGCCACCUCCGGGCAUAAAGUCUCGCGAGGAAGGACGGGGGCUGGGUUUGAAAAAUGGCGGAUGAGGUGGACCAGCAACAAACUACCAAUACUGUAGAAGAGCCUUUGGAUCUCAUCAGACUAAGUCUUGAUGAGCGAAUAUAUGUGAAAAUGAGGAAUGACAGAGAACUUCGAGGCAGACUACAUGCUUAUGACCAGCACUUAAAUAUGAUUCUGGGUGAUGUUGAAGAGACUGUGACAACAAUAGAGAUUGAUGAAGAAACCUAUGAAGAGAUUUAUAAAUCUACCAAGCGGAAUAUCCCAAUGCUGUUUGUCAGAGGAGACGGAGUUGUGCUUGUGGCUCCUCCCCUGAGGGUCGGCUGAAACUAU